CUCCACUGUUUGCCUCACACACUAGUUAUUCAUAACCAUUGAGAGUCACUGAGUUACCACAGUCCAGGUGGUAAUUCAUCUGCCAUACAUCACAGAGCAAGGGCAAGCCUCCCUCUUGCGUAUCUAUUUCCUGAACCUGUUCUUCUUCCACAUGGAGAGGUGGGAAAAUUGAGAGAGAUUUAGGUAGUCCCAGAAUAUCUGCCUUGGCACUUCUCAAGGAUUGAGUGCCAAAUUUCACAAACUUUCCUGGGAGAUGGGUGGUAUCAGCUGAAGAAAUGAGUGAGGAAUCUGUAACUCGUACAGUUGGCUGCUGUAAUUAUUUAAAAGUAAAAUGAACAAAACCCCCCACUUCAACCAGCAAAGCCUUCCACUUUUAUUUUAUUUAAAAACAGAAUUGACUGUCAGCACUGUGCAUUUUUAUUGACCAGAUAAACUAGUAGUGACCCCUUUGGCUCUAAGCAAGAGUUUGAACCACUGCCUCCUUCUGCCUUCCCCCUGCACACUCAUCCCGUAACUGAGAGGUGAACAACCAGCACGAGGUGGUCUCCAGAUCUUUUUCCCUGCAGAGGAGCUGCUGAGUUGCUCACUGGAGCCCUCAUGGGGCAGCCAUGCAGGAAAGAUCACAUCUGCCAUCAAGUAGAGGGAGAGACUGCUCUUAAGGAAUACACUAUAGAUAUAAUUUUUGCCCAGACUUGGUAUGACAGUCGUCUAAAAUUUAACAGCUCAAUGAAGGUGCUUAUGCUUAAUAGCAAUAUGGUUGGAAAAAUUUGGAUUCCAGACACUUUCUUCCGGAACUCAAGGAAAUCUGAUGCUCACUGGAUUACAACUCCAAAUCGUUUACUUCGAAUCUGGAGUGAUGGAAGAGUAUUAUACACUCUAAGGCUGACAAUUAAUGCUGAAUGUUAUCUUCAGCUUCAUAACUUUCCUAUGGAUGAACACUCCUGUCCACUGGAGUUUUCAAGCUAUGGAUAUCCCAGAAAUGAAAUUGAAUACAAAUGGAAGAAAACCUCUGUUGAAGUGGCAGAUCCAAAAUACUGGAGAUUGUAUCAGUUUGCAUUUGUAGGGUUACGAAAUACAACUGAAAUCUCUCAUACCUUGUCUGGUGAUUAUAUUAUUAUGACAAUUUUCUUUGAUCUCAGCAGACGUAUGGGAUAUUUUACUAUUCAGACAUACAUUCCUUGUAUACUCACAGUUGUUCUUUCAUGGGUGUCAUUUUGGAUCAAUAAGGAUGCAGUUCCUGCAAGGACUUCUCUGGGCAUUACAACGGUGCUGACCAUGACAACAUUGAGUACAAUUGCUAGGAAGUCACUCCCAAAGGUUUCCUACGUGACAGCAAUGGACCUUUUUGUCUCAGUUUGCUUCAUUUUUGUGUUUGCUGCCUUGAUGGAAUAUGGCACCUUGCAUUACUUUACCAGCAACAGAAAAGGGGACAAAGGAAAAGAAAAGAAGGCAAAAUCUAAGCCAUCAAAACCACCUGCCAUUGCUGUUCGGCCUGGAUCAACACUAAUUCCAAUUAAUAACAUUAAUCAUCUCCCUGAACGUGAUGAUGAUUAUGGAUAUGAGUGCCUAGAAGGGAAAGACUGUGCUAGCUUCUUUUGUUGUUUUGAAGACUGCCGCACAGGAUCUUGGAGAGAAGGAAGAAUACACAUCCGCAUUGCAAAAAUUGACUCCUAUUCUCGAAUCUUCUUUCCAACUGCCUUUGCAUUGUUCAAUCUUGUUUACUGGAUUGGCUAUCUUUAUCUAUAAAUUUCAGAGAUUUGACAAACUCAGAAAAAAAUGCUAAUUGAACAGUCAUUAACACUUUUCAGUGAGCAGUCAAAGAUUAGAGCUGGUCCAAAAUGACUCAUAUUGUUUGGAUGCUUUGAAAAUUUGAAACAAUGAGAGGAAAUAUGGUGAUGUAGUCUCCCUCUUGUGAUCAACUAUAGAACUGAUAUUGGUAUUUCAAAAGAAAUUUUAAAAAUAAGUAUCCCUAACAUUUAACUUGCCUGAAUAUACACUUUUUUUGUCCAGCUCUAACAAAAUGCAGAGUCAAGAGGCUAUGUUAUUUAACUGGACAGUUCUACAUAAGCUUUCAAUUUUAAUCCUAAAGAUAAUGCAGAUUAAUUUUGUAGCAUCUCUUACACCUUUACAAAGAAAGCCUUAAUAAAAUGGGAUUAGUUAUUCUCAUCCAUUUCAUCCAUAAGGUGAUGAUUUUAUUAAUCCCUGAUUUAAAAAAGUUGAAAUGGAACAUUUCUAUUUUUCAACCAGCCAUUUGUUCUCUGCAGUAUGUUAAAAAGAGUGAUUAAGUCAUAAUUAAUCACAUUCAGAUUCAUACAGAAUGUAGAGAUUAGAGCAGCAAGAAAUGGAUAUAUCACAAAAAACCCAAGGGUAAUUCUGAGCUUGUCUUAUCCUGACCGUUGAUACAGACUUUUGGCUUUCAACCUUAGAUUACAUUUAUGUCUGUGCUCUAUCUGCUGUUACUUCACUGUUGUGAGUUCCCCAAAGUUCUCCAAGAGGGCUACAACUUUCAAAAAUUCCUACCCAGCUGCCAUUGCUUGCUCAUUUCAUGGAAACCAGACUGAUGUUGGCUGAGAUUCUGGCCACUAAGCUUACUGCUCUUCACAUCCUCCCCAUUCCCCUGUCCUUUGUCUGAUUCAUACUCAGGGCCACAGAAAAAGUUGUAACUCUACGUUCGGUAGAAUUUGUACCAUCAGAGUUUGGAAAACCUGUAACAGUGCUAUAGUCAUUGUAUUCAAAGCCACUAUGUUAAAUCUCCAGCCCUAAGAGCGUAGUGUGUGACCUGCUCCACUCUGCAUACAGUACGAUUUUGUAGAUUCUGCUUGUUACUGCAUAUGCUACUCACUGAGCCAGAGCCAAAUGGUAUGAAUUUACUGAACCUGUGUUAUGGAUUGCUGUGUAAUUACCACCUUGAUAUUUAUUUGUUUCUAAUGGAAAAGCCCUGUUAUGAGGGGGGAAGGGAAUUAAAAUAAUCCUUAUGCAUUGCAGAUCCCUCUCCAAGAUGGGAUGUGUCACCACAAAAAUCAUAGGACCAGUUGUCCAGCCUUUCUGUGGUCAGAGCUUCUGUUCACUUUGGUAGCAAUUCUUCAGUAGUAGCCUUUCUGGACUGACUUCUCUGUGUUGACUAUUGCUGGCUGGCAGCAUUUAGUAUCUCAUUUCUAUUUUUAAAUCCAUUGUCUUCAUUAUGGAAAAGUGCAGUCUUUCCUCCUUUCUUAAAAGGAAACUGGUCUCAAGUGAGCUUGCAAAAAUCACUGUAAAAUUAAGAUAUGCAUUAAGUAAAAGUCAGAAUUACUCAGAAGACCUUACAGAUCUUUAAAGAGGAUUAAUGGGAUUAGUAUUUGGCUGUAGGUAAGGAUGUUCAGUACUGGAGAUAAAGACAUGAUUAAUAGCUAAUAAUAGAAAAUGAUACAUGACGGACGCCCCCAAUAUUUCUGUUGUAUGUGCUCCCUCCUCUGAGUUUCUCAGAAAAGAUUAAUGUAUUUUUAUAUUCUAGUUGGUACCAGACAUAAUAAGAUAUGAUAUGCAAUACACAUUUCAGAUGAAAUGUUACUGCAGUGUUCAGCCCUGAAGUUUAAUAGAGAAUGCAAGACUAUGUGCAGUGAUUCUGGAAGAAAGCGUGACAGAGAAGAUCCCAUUUUAAUGCAAACUUUAUUUCAGUAUUUAGCUGACAAAAUACGAAAGUGGUUGAGAGAAUCUGAAAGCCUGCUGUUGAGGUUGGCUGACAUUAUUUGUUGCAUGACCUUUCUGAGCACCACCUUCUUCUGACUGUCGGACUGAGCAUAGAAGGGCAGCAUCAUUAACAACACUGAUCUACUAUAAUUUAUUGUUUCUUUAGAGUCUCAUUUUCAGAAAAUGUUCAGUACAAUGGAAAUGUGUCAGUUUUAAUUCCAUAGUGCAGUUUGAUGCUUUUUGACAGCACACGAAACACAUUCCUCUGUAGGAGGGAUGAAGGUGGCUUCAGCAGCAAUGUGUUGGAUGUGUACUUGAAAAGAUGUCUACUCGCUAUACAAGGCCCAGAUUUUGUGAGCUCCUGAGUUUCAUUAAUUCACCUUUAAACAAAAGGAACUUGAAAGAACUUGGCACUUCACAAGAGGAAAUACAAAUUUCACAGCCUGCUCUCCUCUGGCACAUCUAGUUAGCUUUUUCUAUUCAUGUGGUUGUCAGUUGCCAGUCAGCCUCCAGUGACUGAAUUGGAGAACAGAAAACAUCCAGAAUUGGCAAGGGAUGGAUAAGAAGUCUUUCAUCUCUAAUUUCUAUGAAACAAUGUAAUGGAGUAUUAAACCUAUUGAAUGUUAUGGCUGUUUGGCUUAUGGAUACACUUGCUUCUGUCUGUUGACAAACUUUUCUGUGUACUUCAUUUGUUUCUGAUGAAAUAAUUUUAGUUUCCCAUAGUACUGUGAGUGCAAAUAGAAAUGGGAAUGCAGUGAACUGUAACAUGGCAUGUAAUAAAUGUGUUAUUUUAGUGCUAUGUGUUUUCUUUCUAAUCUGCAUGUAAACAGUUGAUUCCCAGAAAUCUAAGUGAUACUAAAAAAAAUGACAAGAAACAGAGACUGUAAUUACUUGGACUUAGAUGCUGCAAUCAUUUUUCAAAUCUACCUGGAUAAAAGUUCAUUUACUGAUAGCUGGGAGCACAGUAUUUGGAGUCAUAUUAUUCUGACCAUUACUGCUUAAGCACAUGCUUAAACCUAUUCCUAAUCAAUACUGUAAUUAGACCAGAAUUCAGAAAAGCAUGUGCUUAUGUACUGUCAUAAAGAGUGAUGCUAUCCUGAAUUGAUGCCAUUAACACAUGCUUAAUUUGCACUAAUUUCAGUAAUGAGUGUUCAGUAGCUCAAAUGAUUGAACAUCAAGGGUGUAAGCCAGACCCUCUUCCAUAAGAAGUUUUCUCACUGAAAGAGAGGGAUGUAAGAGGAGAAAUUGCCAUAAACGCGGAGAGGUGAAAAAGUCUAGGCAAACGGUUUUAUACUGCACAUAUCUUAGACAUCUCCUGAAAUGUAUUCAAAAAAAGAUACUUUUCCUUGAUAUUUCUGUAUUAGUGUUCACCACUUGUCUGUUUUAGUAGUGAGUACUGCUCAGUGUGUUAUUUUUUGGUAAGGUUUUUUCUAUGACUGUACCUCACUGAUCUUCAGUGCAUGUCUUCUGUGUCUGAAUGAAUCUGUUUUAUGUAGUGUCAGUGCAACCAAAGCAUGAGCUCUGGGUAACGUAUUUUAUAUUCACAUGUUGAUGUGCUUCAAAGGCUUUAACCUUAUCCGGUUUUCUGACAUUCAGAGACAUAGGAUUGUGUAAGACUUUGAAGGAGAAUCACCUCCAGCAUGGUUUUUAUAAUUUUCUGUUGCUUAUUUGCUAUGGUAGUGAAAGAAUUGUUUAGAAUUGAUAUAUGACCUGUGCUUUGUAAUUUGUGAACACCUUUGACCUUUCAAUUGAAAGCCCAACAGGAAGAGUUUGGAUUUAAAUAUCUAUCUGCCUAAAGUGAGAUAUGUUUUCUUUAAUUACAUCAUUCAUCAUUUCAGUUUACUGUUUCCAAAUACCUGAGAAUUAGAAUGCAUUCAAUCAUUGAGUCCGUCUCUCCUUCAGGGAGUGGGAAAGGUAGAUUUCGAUCAUGCCAGACAUGAACUAGGGUAGCCGGUGUACUCCAGGGAAGUUGGUAAGAGUUUCUGGUUAAACGCAAGGGUGAUUUCUGCCUGUGGGACUAUAAUUUGAAACAGGGUGCAUGCUUUCUUUCAGAAAGUGGAUGUGUGCUGUGACUUCCAGAACGAUGGAAAAGCAUCCCUGCACUUCAUGUUUAUCUUUGCACAGGAGGGGUUUCAUUGAGUUGACUGUCCUGUUAUGAGGCACUGAGGUAUCCUCCGUGUGGUAUAGGGGGAGAGUUUUGAUUGCACUCCUGGACAAGGUGUCUAAAUCUUGUCACAGGGCUCAGUAUUGUGGGUUCUGAGUUGUCUUUUGGAUCUGUUAUGAUGCUGAUGAAAAGGCAGUGAGUACUAUACUUUUGAUUCUGAUUCCUAUUAAAUCUCACUGAGAAAGCCAGAACGUUAAUGAAGGUGUUAGAGGAAAUCUCAGACAGCCCAUGGAGAUAGGAGAUUAGCUGAUACUGUAAUAGACUAAAGGAUCUAGCCCUUUUUUCCAUAGGUGGGUCUUGUUGCCUGCUAGCAAUAUAUUGUUUCUAAAAAAAUUUUAAAAGUCUCAUGUUAUUUUAAGGGCAAAAAAAAAAUCUGUAAAAUUUCUGGGCAAUCUCAUUCCCCUUCCCAGUGACAAAUCUUGCUUUGCCUGCAAAUUUUGCUUAGGGUAGAUCAACAUUACUUGAGCUGUGUGAGGAGAGCCACGGGGGAUGUAAGACAGAAGACCUGUAAACUGUUCUACCUUGUUCUUCCUCUCAGUUCCUUUUCUUAGUCAAGAAAAGACUUUCAGAAGAGUAGGUGUAUGGCAUGUGUAAAUGAGGACAAUUUUGCUACUGACAACAGGGCCUGAGUCCCACUAGCUGACAGGAUCAAGAGAGACGGGAGUCUGCUUGCAGUAAUAAGGCUUCUCUUUUGUAAUUCUUUGUAGUAGCUGCUUUUCCAUACAUCUCUGCAUGUACCUGAGACUCAAACAUUUUUCAGGUUGGAAGCAAUUCUUUUGUGUGUUUCUGGCUUCACAAAAUGAUCUCUAUCAUCAGGGUCUGAGCCUUGCUGAAUUCAAAAGAAAAGGUUUCCUCUUGAAGUUUCCCUGUCCAGGCAUUGCAGGUAGGAGACGUCUUGCCACCAAAUAUUGGGCAAGUGAUUUUCAGUUCAUCCUUCUGAAGAGGCAGACUGGCUCUGUAGGGUGGCAUUAAGAUUGCUUUGUCGUUUAGAAUUGAAAAGGUUGAAGACUGUUAACAGCAGUGACCAGUACUGCCCCCACAGAGGAUAUAUUUUGCCAAUUCAAUAUUUAAAAACAAAAACCAAAACCAGCUACUGCGGGUGGGAAGUGAGGAUGAGUCAUUAUUUCACUGCAGAUGUCUAUUUCCCCUUGAAUUGUUUUUCCUCCUUAGGAAGACGGUAAAUAGGAAUCUUUUGGCUUGUGAAAUCUUCAGAAAAAAGGUCAUGGUCAUUUUAAACAGGUAAAGUCCUGUUUGUCCCUCUGCAUCGGAGCAGGAACAAUGAAGGCACUUGCACUAUGGCUCAGAUUUUCCAAGAUAGGUAAAUGUGGAUAUUUAGAUAUUCAUAGGCCCAGUGUAAAUAUACAAUCUGUGUUCAUGCUUUAGUCACUGAAAACUUAAUGGUUUGUGCGUCUUCACAGUAUCUUUUGUAUUUCCAACUGUUGUCCACUGUGAAUGCUUAGACUUUUUGUGUGAACAAGAAGGGUUGCAUUAUGAUACCUCUCUUUACAGUUUAAAUUGCUAUAGAAUACAAAUACUUCCUUAAAUGAAACGGAAGGAUCAGAAUCUGGCAAUCUCAUGGUGAUUCCUAUCUUGAAAAAUCUAAUAUUUGUUCUUAAUUGCUGUUUCCAAUUAAAUAAACAAUAAUGCUAUAAUUUGUAUGCCACUUCAUUGAAGUUUUAUAAGCAGUUACAAUGUAUGGUCUAAAACCUAAAUUUACAGAAAUAUCCUUCAAAAAUAACACUUGUUGAUUUAUUAUGUGUCUCAGUAUUUAUUAUAUUGAGGUUCCAUUAUUCAAAUACACUCUUAAUGCAAGUCUCUGUCUCGGCAUCUAUAGCUGACAUAGUGUUUCAGUGAUUCACAGUUUGACCUUUACUAGUGCAUCCUUUUUUUUAAUUCUGUUUUUAAAAAAUGCUGGUAUUUUUAACUACCCAAGUGAACAUUCAUACCAUGCAUUUAAUUUGAUAGUGUUUUGGCACCAGUGGACAAUGUUGCAAUAUUAAGCAUCAGUGUUCCUUUAAAAAUUAUUCAUUAAAGCCCUUGUGGUUAGCUUACUGAAAAAAAUAUGGAACAUUAAGAUAAAUUUUGUAACUCUCAAUGCUGCUACUAAGGAUUAUAUAUAAAAUACAUGUUAUCGAUGCAAAUUUAUUCUUCCAUUUCAGUUUUCUGUCCAGAAGCCUUGUCAGUUGGGCUAAUAUUAUUAUUACAAGUGUGCUGAUAUUUAGAGUCCUACUCAGUUAUUUGGUACUUUUCCAAUAGCCUUGGUAUGCAUUCAUCCAUUAUUAUAUUCAAUUACCUAGAAACAUCAAGGUAUCUUCACAGGCUUUUAAUGUGAUUAAGCCAUGACCUCUUCAGCCUCUCUUAAAAUACCAUAAUCUUUCAUGUGCAAUGCCAAAACUAAAGCAUUUGCAGGUAUUAAAUUGAUUGUUUCUUGCUUCUCCAUUUUGAUAAAGUCUGUCUGCCAGGUUAGAGUGAAACAUUGAUAUUAUCAUUUUAAUAUUUGACAACAUUAUUAAUGAGCAUGGCUGAACCAGAAGCCUUCAGAGAUGAUAAACUGGUGAUGCUCUUGGCUAAAUCCCACACAACUAAGACUUUGUGAGUGUGGUGGAAAUUAUAUUGGCAAUGGCAAAGACAUAUGUAUAUAUAUCCAUAUGUAGACUGGAAAGAAAGAUAAGAAAAUUUUUACAUAUACAUCAAGUUCUGUUUGUCAUUUUAACAAGCUUUCCCCCCUGCCCCUAAAAUUUAUGUUCUAAAUGUGACCAGAAAGGUCCUGAAAAAAACCAUAUAGGUUUGCACAGUUAGAAUGUAGAAGUGGUUCAGAAGCUUUUAAAAUAAUUAUGGCUCCAUUUGAUCGGUCUUGUGGACUCAUUUUUAAUUUAACUCCUUUUCACUAAAGAAGAAACGGAGAACACAUAUGUUCUGGUUGAAGAUAGGCAUUGAUAUCACUGAAGGUAAACAUGAAAAUUCCCUCUUUGUUGAAAAGUUGAUUUAUAGAUAUAGGUAGAAGCAAAUUUCUUCAGUGCUGAGGAAGUUGCUGUGAUUGCAUUUGUGGAGUAGAUGGAUUCUGGUCUUUAUUUUGAGAACUCUAUUGCUACCAUGGUAAAAGAUCAACUCAAGAGUUUUACAUAUCUUAGUAUACCGUUAGUUUUGGGAUGCCUCAUUUUCUGAUGUGCAGUUUAAGACAUAUGAAAAAAGACCUGCUUUUGAGAUCAUCAAUGUUCAGCCCUUUCUAAAAAUCAUCCUUUAAACUUUCAGUUUAAAGCACUCCAAAAGUGAGUAACUAGGCAUCACUGAUACUGUUUUAAAUAAAUAUAAAGUUUAGAUUGCUAUAGAAUAUUGCAGAAAGUUCAAAUAUGGUUCAAGGCUAGAAUUUUCUAGCCUUUUGUUCUCUCUUGCCUGUGGGAUUUUUUUUUUGUUGUUUUAAAUUUUCUUGAGGUCUGGGGAGACAUGAAAGCAAAUGGAGGGAUUUCACCCUAUGGGUUUUUUUUGACAACAGUAUACCUCAUGCAGAAUAGUACGUCAGCUGCUAAAAGCUGAUUUUAUUUGAGGACUGAUGAGACUUUGAGACUGAUGACAGGAAUAAUACUAACAAGCUCAGAAAGGAGAUGCUUAUGGCCCUCUAUCAGAAGGGGCUUGGCUGCUCAAGGCUUUGAAAACAGAAUUUCUGAAGUAAGAUUAUGGGAGAGAGGUGGCUUAUAAGGACUUCUAGAAAAAACAAAAUCUCAGAAACCUCUUGCCAGGAGAAGACUGACAGUGGUCUGAAGGAGAGGAUUUAUAGCUCAUGACUCUACUGUGAAUGUUAAUGUCUAUUGAAUUUUCAUAUAAAUGUUGCACUAGUCCUUGUGCAUUGAGUGGAAAUGUGCUUGCACCCUGGUGCAUGGUUCAUACAGAUGUUUCUGAGAUGUAGCCUGUAAUCUUCUAAAUGUAAAACUCUGAAAGCCAUAGUCUUAAAAAUAAAAUAAAUAAAAAACCCACCAUUGAAUACCAUGUGUUCUGUGCAAAAUGAACAGAUUAGAUGUUUGUGCUCUGAUGUCUCUUAAACUGAUAAGAAUCAAGAAAGUUUCAACACUGAACUUUGUAGAGCAGUUGUAAUGCAUUGUUUUUACUGUAUCUGCUGUGAAGUUGAUUGGUUACACUGUGAAAAAAUAAAUAGUGCCUGGCUACUUA